AUGGAACCUGAAAAAACUUUGCAGCACCGUUUCUAUGGAAAGUCGAUACCCUUAGGCUCAAUUGACAAGGCGAUGGCUAACCUUGAUGUUAGAGCGUGUUUCACCGUUGCACAAGCGUUGGAAGAUUUUUCUAAGAUCAUUGUCGAUGUCAAGAAAAAAUUCUCAACCCCAAACUCUUCUGUUAUCGUGAUAGGUGGAUCGUAUGGUGGGAUGUUGGCUAUUUGGUUCCGGCUAAAGUACCCACAUGUUACAAUAGGAGCAUUGGCCUCUUCUGCCCCACUACUUGAUUUUGGAGCCAUACCUCCAAAAGACCAGUACUGUUCAGUAGUCAGCCAAGACUUUAAGGAUCAAAGCCAGAAAUGCUAUGAUACUAUUCGUCAAUCAUGGGCGGUGAUAGAUAGUAUGAGUUCUAAAUCAAGUGGUUUAGCAGAUCUUAGUCGUACAUUCAACACAUGCAGUCCAUUGUACUCAGGUGAAGAUCUGAAACUAUAUCUAGCUAGUGCAUACUAUUUUGCGGCUCAAUACAAUGGUCGGUUUGGAUAUUGGAUUAACAUUUUGUGUGAUAAAAUUGUUAAUCCACCAACCGAUGACAUUAUUUUGGCAAUAUCCCGGGCUGCUUAUGUAUUUGCCGGAUCAUAUUGCAACAACUUAGUUUCUCCGCUUGAACCUUCUCCCGGUCUUGAUGAGGCUUCAUCAAUAGCUUGGAGUUGGCAGUCGUGUAAGGAGAUAAUUCUGCCAAUGGGUUGUGGAAAUAACACUAUGUUUGAACCAAACCCGUAUAGUUUGGCCAAACAAUUGGAGGAUUGUGAGCAAAUGUAUGGGCCUUAUGGAGCAAAUCCUCAUUGGAAGUCAGCAUUCUACCGUGGUCAGGACGUAAAAUCUGCUCUUCGGAAAUUUGGGAGGAACAUAAUUUUCUCUAACGGCCUUAUAGACCCGUAUAGUCGUGUCGGGAUUUUGGAAGACCUGUCCAAAACAAUUGCUGCAUUAACAACAAAAGAAGGCUCACACUGUUUAGAUUUAACGUCCGCACAGUCGAAUGAUCCAAACUGGUUGAAAGACCAACGCAGAAAAGAAGUUGAUAUAUUUAAAAGUUGGAUACAUGCUUCUGAUUCAUCCAAUGUUAAUCCUGAUGCUAUGGCUCAUAUUUGCUUGAUGGCUGCCCCUCUUCACCGCCGUGCUAAGGUCGUUAUGAUCCCAACCCUUUCGAAGAAGAAGAGGUCAAUCCCUCCGCUUUUGGAUCAUGGGGUUUGUUUCUGGGGAUUCGCUAGCCCGUCUUUGGACCUAUGCGGAUAUUGCAUGGCAAUGGUUAAUCAUUGUGCCUUACAGCUUGAAUAA